CCAACGGCUAGUUUUUUGUCGACGUCGUUUCUUGUGAAGACGACUUUUCUGUCCAGAAUUUCGGAUUUAUAUUUUGAGUAAUUCUAGCUCCUAAGUUCACCUAGACUCCGUCCUUAAUCCUAACAAGUGGUAUCAGAGCGAUAUUAAGGACAUUGAGAGGAGUCUACAGAAGUGUGAAGACCCUUCUAGACCCACCAUGGCCUGUGGGUGUGCCUAAGUGGUGUUCUAAAGGUUGGAUGUGUCUUCCGCUAAGGGGAAACUCUGCCGAAAUUUCGUGGACGGCGAUACUUGUGAAAAUAUCGAGGGAGCUGAGUGUGGACAGCAAAGGGGAGCUGAAAUUCGUCAUUUCUCAAGGAGAAGAUGAAUGAGAGAGGAGGAGAUGCUAAUGGAAGAGGAGUUGUAGCUGAGAAGACAAGUGAGCCGCCGCCAUCAAAAGUUGAAGCUUUGGAUGGCUCCAACUAUGAGGAAUGGAGCGGACGGAUGAGGAGUGCCUUCAAACGCUACAAGCUACUGAAGAUUGCUGUUGGGGAGGAGAAGAUGUUGGAAGAUGACGAAGCACGUGAACCGUGGAUUGAGAAAAGCGCGGUGCUUUUCGACCUCAUCCUUCAAUCUGUCAACAAGGAGAUGUUCGAGCACAUCAAGGAUCUUGUGGAAGCGGAUGAUUCGGGUCCAAGGGCGUGGAAACUACUACGUGAUGUGAUUCAGACCAACACUCUCCCAAUGGUGAUCGUGCUCGAGAAGGAACUUGCUGCCAUCUCCAUGCGACCAGGGGACGAUGUGAAGCCGGUCCUUGACAAGAUCAAGGACACCUAUGCAAGGAUGGCAGCAGCGGGCAGCAGUGUAUCUCAGCUGCAGCAGUGCACCAAGAUCAUCUCGGUGUUGGACAACUCGUGGGAUAACCUCAUCCCCACCCUCAACUCUCAGCAAGAUCAAUGGACACCUGAGUGGCUAAGGCAGCAGAUUCUGCAGGAGGACUUCCGCAGACGCCAUGUGGGAGGCGGUGCUGCCACUAAGACUGCUGAGGGGUAUGGAGCUGCAGGGCGCGGCAAAGGAAGAGGGGGUUGGAAAGGCCGAGGCCGUGGGAGGAGCUUUGGCAGAGGUAGAGGCCGAGGUGACUAUAAUGAGGGGCAUGGGAGCUCUGGUGGCAGGGGGAGUACCAGAAUGGAGGGCACCUGCUGGUACUGCAAGAAGGUCGGGCAUCCUUGGUUCAAGUGCUUCAGCAGGCCGGAGGGAUGGGCACCUCCAGGCAUGAAGCCGCCCAGUGGUGAACGCGCACAAGGUGGCGCUGUGCAAGGCUCAGGUGCACAAGGUGAAGGUGCACAAGGUAAUGCCUAUCCUGGUUUGUUUGUUAUGGUUGAGGAUGUGCAUGGACAUGAGGGUGAUGUGGUAUCAGUGGGAAAGGUUGUGAUGCACCCUCUCACACACUGGAUGAUUGAUUCAGGGUGCACCAGUCACAUGACCCCACGGGCAGAUUUGCUUGAUGAGGUAAAACCCCUUGGGAAGAUCAAGUAUGUGGCAGCAGCGUCAGGUGCUUUGCUCCCUGUGAUUGGCUUUGGGAAUGCCAAGGUUAAGGGAGCUAAUGGGGAGCUUGUGGGGCUUGGGAAUGUUCUGCUAGUUGAAGGUUUGUCUGCUAACCUUCUCUCUGUGCGGCGACUGCAGAAGAGCAAGGCCGAAGUGACCUUUGGACCAACCAGCUGCCGUGCUAAGCUUGGGAAGAAGGUGCUGUGGAGUCUGGAAGAGGAGACCAGCUGCAUCAAGGACCUAUGGCAGCUGCCCAUCAUCCCUUGGAAUGGGAAGACUCCAACAACAGCAACGGCAGCAGCGGCAAAGGCAACAGCAGGAGGAGAUGCAACUGCACCAACUGAUGGGGUCCUGGAAGCAGUCAAGAAAGUGCAGCAGCAGCAGACACAUGGUGAGGUGCUUGCUGGUGUGGAUGCGAGUGCGGCAUGGGCUAAGGCUUCAUCAAGGAGUAGAGAGGCCGAUUGGGAGACAUGGCAUGAGAGGCUGUGUCAUGUGAACUUCCCGAUGCUGCAGAAGUUGGUGAAGGAUGGGAGCCUGAAAGGAUUGGAGGUGAAAGGGGGAGUGAAGGAGAUUGGGAGCUGCCCUACAUGCUUGGAGACCAAGUUCUCCAAGUUCCCCUUCAACAGCACUACAGGACCAGCCAAGACCCCACUUGCACUUGUGCACAUGGAUGUGGUGGGGCCCACAAGAGCCCCUUCCCUCUCAGGCAGCCGCUAUUUCUUGACAAUUGUGGAUGACCACACUCGGGCAGUGUCGGUUUACCCUUUGAAGAGCAAGGGGGAGGUGGCAGCGGCUGUCCUUAAGGAGUGGAUGCCGAGAGCUCAGAGGGAAUGCGGACACAAGGUGAAGGUGAUCCGUAGUGACAAUGGUGGGGAGUUCAUUGGAGCUGAUUUUGAGGGGGAGUUGAAGAGGAAGGGGAUCCAGCAUCAACUGACAGUGCCCUACAACCCACAGCAGAAUGGCGUGGCUGAGAGGUUCAACAGGACCCUGCAGGAGGGGGCACGCACUCUCCUUGGGCGUGCAGGGCUGCCUGAUCCAUUUUGGGUGUCUGCACUGAGGCAGGUCGCCCUUGUGAAGAACAGGGUGCUGGCUACAGUUGGAGAUAAGGAGUGGAUCCCAUAUGUCAAGUGGUAUGGGAGUGCUCCAGCUGUGAACAUGCUGAGGGCAUUUGGGUGCAUGGUGGUGUUUCAUGUGCCUAAGGAGAAAAGGGGGAAGUUGGAGGCUUCUGGAAGAUGGGGUGUGCACUUGGGGAUUGCAAAGGAUCACAAGGGGUGGCUGCUAUGGGACUUGACCACCCAGAAGUUGACAGUGUCAAGGGAUGUGAAGUUUCUUGAGUCCCUGUACUACAAGGAAUGGAAGCAGCAGCAACAGAAGCUUCCAUCUACACCGCUCAUUGUGGAGGCAGAUGAGGUGCAGCAGCCUUCAAGACAGGUGGAGGUUGCAGUGUCAGAGGAGGAGAUGUCUGGGGUGACUGAGGAAGGGGGAGCAGCUGAAGUGGAGCAGCAGCAGCAGCAGGAGCAGCAGCAGCAGCAUGAGUCUCCACCUCGAGUUCCACACCCGCCUGAGCGUCCUAGGAGGGAUGUGCGCCCUCCUGUGAGGCUGACCUAUGGAGGAAGAGGCAAGCCGAAUGUGGUGCAGGCUGGGAGUGUGGUUGAGCAGAUUGAGGAAGAUGAGAUCGCUCACUGCUACUGGGCACCAAUCCCUGAGCCCAAGACUCGAGAGGAGGCCUUGAAUGGACCAAAUGGGGAGAAGUGGAAGGCGAGUGAGGAUGAGGAGUUCGGGUCCCUGAUUGAGAACGAGACAUGGGACCUGUGUGACUUGCCUCCUGGGAAGAAGGCAAUCACUUCCAAGAUGAUCUACAGGCACAAGUAUGGACCUGAAGGGGAGCUGACCCGCUACAAGUCAAGGCUUGUGGCACGGGGGUUUCAGCAGACAAAGGGGAAGGACUAUGAUGAGGUGUUUGCUCCUGUGGGGAAAGGAACAACAUUGAGGGUGCUAUUGGCGAUGGCUGCACUCCUGGGAUGGAAGAUACGGCAGAUGGACAUUGUGACUGCCUUUCUGAAUGGGAUCAUUCUGGAGGAGGUGUACAUGAAGCAGCCAGAGGGGCUGGAUGAUGGGAGCGGCAGGGUCUGCAGGCUGAAGAAGGCCAUCUAUGGCCUUAAGCAGGCGCCUCAUGUGGAGAAGGGUGUGCUGAGGUUGCACCAGAGGAAGUACUGUGAGGGGCUGGCUGAGAAGUAUGGGCUGCAAGAUGGGGGAAAGCCAGCAACACCACUACCUUCGGGGUUCACUGUGGAGCCAUGUGCUGAUGAGGAGGUAGUGGGUGAGAGUGACAGGAAGCUGUUUCAUUCGAUGGUUGGGUCGCUGAAUUAUGCUGCAAAUCAUACACGGCCUGACAUUGCAUUUGCUACAUCACGGUUGGCUAGUGUGGUCUCACGCCCUAGUCAUGAGCAGCUGGAAGCGGCCAAGAGGUUGGUCCGCUAUGUGAGUGCUACGGCAUCAGUGGGAUUGGAGUACAGUGGAGUGAGGCAGCGGUUGCAGAGAGGUGCUGCAGAUGUGAAGAGUGGAGAGAUGCUCUUGAGUUGCUAUACUGACGCUAGCUUCAACUCAGUGAAAGCGGAUGGCACCAGCAUUGGGGGUUAUGUGUGCUUGCUGGGAGGUGGUGCUGUGAGCUGGCGCAGCAAGAAGCAAAAUGAGGUGGGAUUGUCUUCAUGUGAGACUGAGUACAUGGCCUUACACCAUGGGGCCAAGGAAGUGGUAUGGCUGAGGCGUCUGUUGGAGGAGUUGGGAGUUGGUCAGGAGGAGCCGACAGUUGUGUUCUGUGACAAUGAGUCUGCAGUGAAGCUGGCCAAGAAUGCUUGUCUGCAUGGUCUGACAAAACACAUAAGGCCUAAGUGGCACUGGGUGAGGAGACUCCUUGAUAAGGAGGUGCGGCUGGAGAUAGUGAAGACCCAUCAGCAGGCAGCAGAUAUUUUCACCAAGCGUCUGGCGGAGGCGGAUCAUUGGAAGGGCAUGAAGCUUGCUGGGAUGAGUGUGCAUUGAGUAUGCAUGCUUGAGAUGUGGUAUGGUGGAUGAUGGUUGGCAGCCAGAGGGGGAGAUUGUUGUGUGAUGUCAUCAUAUGCUAUCACAUUCUGUCUGCCUCCCAUCCCAUGUUUUCAACUUGCAUGUGUGGUUUGAACGUGUGCAAGAAUUUGUGUGUGAUGUGUUCUGGAGUUUGGGAAUGUGUUUUGUGUUAUUUUGUUUGAGCAGGUUUUUUGUGAUGAUAGAUCUUGAGAAGAUCUUUCCGACGCAACGAGAAUCCCUUCAAUCGGAGCAAGAACGCGAAAGCUAUGAAGAUUCAAAGUUCAUGAGCUUGCGUUACAAUUGCGGCGGUUACAAAGUGAAGUUGUGGGGUGACUUUAUAUGGAGUUGGGACCUUUGGGGGUUGGGGAAAUUUGUCACUCUACUGUAACAGCUGCAAAUUGGUUGGGAACAACCAAGCUAGGUUGGCAAGGGUGGCCAACUUGGAUGGAUUGGUUGGGGAGGGACAAAUGUCAAAGUUGGGGUUCCUAUAGGGAGGGAAUCUUUGUGCUUAUGGGGUUUCCUUGGUUGGGGACUCUCUUGGGACCUUCCCUCUCAUCCCUAUCUUCUAUCCCAACCUUUCUCUUGCUCCUCUAAUUCCUUGUGAGAUUCUUGAACUUUGAUUGAACCUUUUGAGAUUGAGUUAAGUUCUCCUCCUACAGCUUACCCCCUAGUGCGUCGAAAGCCAUAGCGUCGCGAAUACUUCAUCAAUCAACAUGAUUCAAAUUG